AUGGAUUUUUUGAAUCGCUUACUCGGGAGAAACACCGAUACCAAGUACGAGUAUCGCGGCGCCAAACUCCCAAAAGAACCUUUGACGCCGCGCGAGAUUGAGGAGAUGCAUAGGAAGCUGCAUCCUGACACGCACAUAGACAACGCGGCGGAACCAAAGCCCAUUUUUGACCCGCGCGACUGGAGUGUGCCCUAUACGCAAUCGCUAGAAGAACAAUUCUCUGCCGCCUCAGCGGACGGCUCGCUACAAGAGGCACAAUCGAAAUCAUUGCUUUUUGCCCGACUGCCGUUAGAGGUGCGGAUGCAGAUCUGGCGCCUUGUUGUGGGCAGUCACAAGGUGCACUUGACUGUGCAUCGUGGCAGACUGAGGCAAUCUGCGUUUGAGUCAGAGGGGUAUCAGUGGUUGCCUGAGAGAGGACUCUUGAGAGUCCCGCUGGUUUGUCGCGCAGCAUACAUGGAGUCUAUCUCAUACCUCUACUCCGACAACACCUUUUGCUUUGGCUUCGGCCAAGCAAGCUCAAAGUCAGCACUCACAUCUCUAGACACGAUGCUACCCAAGCAACACAUCGCCUCCAUGCAACAUAUCGAAGUCGGAUGGCACCUAUUUGGCGGUGUGAGUCAGUACUACGACAGCCACCCCCAAGCUUGGGACAUUACACUGGAUGUCCCGGCACCCGAGACUGAAGCGCUGUGGAAUAAUGUCUGCGCUGAGCUUAUUGAACUAUCGCAUCUGCGGACGUUGCGGAUUGUUGUUUGGAUUUCUGGAGAUGGGAGAGCACAGCUUGUGGGGAUGGAGAGAGGCAUGCUUACGCCGCUUUUGGUGAUGGGACAUUUAGAGCGGUUUGACGUUCACUUGCCCUGGAAGCAGGAUGAUCUCGAGUUGUGGAAUGAUGCUCCGUUUAAGGUUUCUAGGCGUUUCAGGGUCAAGGAGAUGUAUGGUGUGAGCAUUCCGUUGCCCGGUGAUGACUUUUACUGGUCGGGUUCAGCUGCUCAACAUAGGAUAUAUAGGUAAGGAAUUUGGUGUGAUUUGGCGGAAAAGACCUUGUUUGUUA